GAAACCCUACUUCCUAGUUGUCUGGGGCAAGUGGAAACUGCAAUGACUUUAUAGCUUCUCAGAGUGAUAAGCAGGAACCUAUCGCCAACUGCAGUCUUGCUGGACAGGUCAAAACUGUUGCCCUGCUGGAUAACGGUUAGUCCUUUUUCAGGCUUCGUGGUGUGUGUGACAUGUUGACGGGUGCUGCUCUGACAGAGGCGAUUACUCUAAACCUCUUAGUUUCUUGCCAGCAAGAGUUGUGUUCUCGCAGGCGGUACAGGCAGACGAUUUGUCCGUGGAGUGAAUGACAGCUUCUACAGAAGUCGAUCUGCCGAUACAAUUGUGGUGCUAACAUGUCUCAGAUUUCAACGUCCUCUGAAAAUGAGCGGAAAUACCUUCUCAGCUCGCCAGUUCCAGUGCGGACAUCAUCAGAACCCUUACCUUCUAAGGCUACCGAGGACACUGCCUCAGAAACCGACUGUCCAGAGAGGGUCUCCAGGUGUAAUUACGUGCCAUUGGAGUUUGUGGUGUUUGUCUACUUCUUCGCCCGCGCUAUUCCAAUCUUGCUGACCAGUUUUUAUUUCUUCGAUACAGCCAGUCACUGGUAUGGCGAUCCAUCCAUGGACAGCCUCAACCCGUGCGGCAAGGGCACAGCGGAACACAAGGACGAGGACAAGGCCAGGAGGGUCAAACAGGAAGCGGUGCAGCUGGACGUCAUGGCGGCCUUCACCGGCUACCUGCCUGCUGUCAUUCCCACCAUCUUCCUAGGGCCCGUGACAGACCGGUUUGGCAGGCGCGCGGGAUUUGUUCUGCCUAUUCUGGGGACGUUGUGCAGGUGUACCGUGUUCCUGCUGGUCAUUGGAAUUGGGGGUGUUUCCCCUUAUUUCAUGUACCUUGGAAUUGCGCUCGAAGGACUUUGUGGAAACUUUGGCGCCAUGUUGAUGACAUCCUUCAGCGCCGUGGCGGACAUAACUCCUGUUGGUCCAAAGCGUGCGUUUCGCAUCUCUGUGGUAGAAGCAGUGCAGGUCAUUGCUACGAGUGCCGCAACUUUGACAACAGGGUUCUGGCGCAAAGUUGGCUACUAUCAACCACUCAUCCUAUGUGGUGUCCUCUCCUUGCUUUGUUUAGUUUACACCCUCUGGUGGCUGCCGGAGACACGCCACUACUCCGGACAAGGCCUCAGUGUUGCCGUCAGGGGACACUUCAAAGACAGAAUUCAAUCAGAAAGCCAGGAGAAUGGCUUGGCCGGCGGGGAGUCUACGAGCCACAGCUCCGGUCAAAUCCAGGUCGCUCACACCUACCCAUCCAUCUCCAUCCACGGAGCUGCGUCCACUGAUUGUCACUCUGGUCUGGGUCCUGGACACGGUCAGAUAACGUCCGACGGCGACUGUUUGUCGUUUCGCAACGGGCGAGGAGAGUCUCCAGCUUGUUCCAUGCCUUCUCGCAGGCAGGAGGGAGCGAUGCAUAGCGCAGACCACCCCGGUGGAGCUGCUGGUCCCGGUGGGUCUCGCACCCUGACCCAGGGGCAGAAGUGGGAGGAAGCGAAGGAGGGUCGCUGCUGCGACGCCUGCGCGCACUUGCUGGAGAUGGUGCGCAAGUGCGUGAGGGUGUACAGACGAGUGGACACACACCAUCCAAACAGACAAUGCAUACUGGGGUUGUGCAUGGCCGCCUUCCUUCUCACUGUCGCUGUUAACUUCACCAAGCCUGGCGUGGAGGAAGUUUACAGGAUGAGCGACCUGUGCUGGAACGCCGUCAAGAACAGCAUCUACACGUCCUGCUGGCUGAUCGCUCACUGGGUGUGCAUCCUCGUCACGCUGCGCGUGCUGCAGCGCUGGCUGCACGUGCACGACGUGUACGUGGCCAUGAUUGGCUGCAUCUCGGGCAUCGCCGCAGUCGUCGUCAUGGCGUUUGCAAAGGACGACGUGCUCGUGCAACUCUCUGCGGCGGCGGGCACCUUUGGCCGCGCUCUCAUUCCGAUGCUUCGGUCCAUAUCUUCAGCAUCUGUGGAGGUCGACGAGCAAGGAACAUUGUUUGCAGGUUAUGCGUGCGUAGAGCUGGCGGGUGCAGCUUUGUUCAACAUAGCAGUGGGAAAGCUGUACAACACGGUCGCUCCAAUCUGGAAUGGCAUCAUCUUUGUUAUCUUUGCUGCUGUCCUCUGCAUCGUCCUCCUCCUGCUAGUGUUCCUGGCAUAUCGUACUAAAAAAGAACACGGCGUGAUCGUGACCGAAAGAAAAACAUACCGGACUUUUGAAAACGAAUGAUCUGGGGAAGGUUAUUGGCUAUGCGCACUUUUUCAUGCUUCGUAUAAUCUAAUAUCACCACCAACACUUACCCACUCCGCCUCCCUCCUCUUGGCCAGCCAAUAACACACAGAGACCCAUACUGCGUUAGCUAUGUUAUUCCCCAUCGACCUUUCACCGGAGGUCCAUUCGUCACAGUUGUAAGGUCCAUGUUACUCCUCUGCUCUCUUAUAAUAGAGAUGUCUGUCCAGACCCCUGAAACACUUGCGCGCUGAUGCUGUAAAUUUCAUCAGCCACUGAUAAUAGCAGACACCCUUCUGGUUUCCAUCUCACAGUCUCAUUUUUACUAAUAACACCAUCGUUCUUUAAAAAAAAAAAAAAUCCCCACAAGUCAAAGCUCGAGCUUCCCAAAAUGAAGGCCGCCACAGACGAAGCCUGGCGAGGCUCUUUAGAAAUACAAUGGUGGUGUCAGAACUAGCGCGGAGCUGCCUAGUAAAUCUUGACAUCACUACUUACAAACACUUAGAUUUUACUGCUGAUACUGUCUGACAUCACUCCAUAGUGUUGCUGACAAUCAUAGCAUGUCCGUCUAUAGUGUCCUUGACAAUCAUGUCCGUGAUCCUGGCAUCCAGAAAACUGGUCUCUGGGUCAAUUUUUUUUCCGCUCUGGCACACUUGAACGAUUUCCUGUUUAAGCUGCUGACACUCAUGAGUCUCAGUAGCUCACUUGUGUAAUGUACUGUUACAAAGGGGAUAGGUGCGAGUCCACCCCUAUGUAAUUAACGGUUAACAUAGCUUUAAUGAUUAUUAGCCCACCAUUUAAAGCUAAUAUCAGUGUAUUGUUGGCGUCCUGAUAUAAUGGCGAAACACUGGCUCUUUGGUUUGCCAGCAUGUACACGCAGACCACCGUGUUCUCACUGCACGAUCAGUUUUUUUAUGCAUGACAUAUUUACAUGUACAUGUACAUAUUUAUGCUUCAAGUCCAUUCCAUGUUUAGUGGCAGUGAAUGUAAAUCCACAGCCUAGGUGGACCCACCCGGUGGUCAGGUAGGCUGAUCUCAUACAAACGUGACUUCAGCAAUAACGAAGGCCACCAUGUGUUCAGCUGUAUAAUCUUGUAAUCGGACACGUAUAUCGCUAAAAUAUCCAGUUUUCUACCAUUGUAUACCCGGUCAUAAUACUGACUCCCUCUCCUCUUCCCUCCAUCAAUCUGCAGAUUUAGUACCCGUUGUCUAUGUUUGUCUGUGAAGCAGCAGUAACUUACAAACCCCGUAUAAGAUUUUACUAUGCUAAUCUGUACUUCACAGCAUGUGAAAAUAGCUACCAUCGGUGUCGCCAUCGCCUCAAUUCAGAAACUCAUCCCGUUUACACGCCCUAGCUGUGAUUACACGCCCUGUGAUUACACGCCCACUCCUUAUAUUAUGCUUCGCUGGUCGGCUGGUUGGGCUGAUAGCGAACUGUUUCCACUUUUAGGUAAUAUUCUCAUUGGGUAGGGUGGGUGGAGGGGAAGUGUGGAGGAAGGGCAAGGAAACCGAAGUGAUGGGAGCAAAUCUCCCUCUCGACAUUCAGAGAAUGUCCUAAGAUGAUAUCUGAACCCAAGACCACCCCAGAUUAAGGAUUCUCGAACUAUUGCAAAAUUUUAAAUUAUGAAUUAUAUAUGCGCUACUGAAAUCUUGGUGGUCAGCGGUGUGGCCAUGCAGUUGUCACAUUAAUGUGUGCCAAAACAAGAUCUGAACACGGACGUCACAAAUAUUCUCAACGAAUAUCCGUGAAGGGAGAGAGAGAUAGGAUUGGGAGGUGGGAGGGAUAGACUGUAUAUACCAGAUUGGGUUUGAUUGUCCACCUCCACAUUUCCACUCAACUGUCAUUUCUUUAAAGGACAGCAGGUGGUGUAUCAUGCGGCCUGGGUAUAUAACUUCCUGCUCGGUUGUCAAGCAGGCUAUAAUCUCGAGAGGCGUAUCCUGCCACACAAACCCGAUUAGCUUGAUGAAUACCCAGGGUGGUGUGUAAAAUUGUUACAGUGGGAGACUGCGUGUGUGCCCACGAUUGUGAGUAGUUUUUCACUUGCUGUCAUGCGUGAUAAAAGAAAAGUAACGGUGAAUAGAAUGCUGUAUAAUGUAUAUUGAAGUACAUCGAAAUCGACGUGAAAGACGCUCGCCUCAAGAAGUGUUUAAAGCAGCCACGUCACAGAACUGCAAAGUCCCCGAGCUGCUGCCUUUUGCUUUAUCUUGCGAUUGUGGAAAAUCGUGAUAACCCUGCGACACAGGCAGAAAUAAAUAAAAUAAAAAACACGACAUCUCAACACACAGCCAUGAAAUGGUUAUCUUUUCUCUACUCUCAACUUCGUUCUGAUACACUUUUGUCACAUUCUUUAUCCCCCUUCCUCUGUGGCUAUCACCCGACCUCCCUGUACUCUCGCUUGUCAGCUGUUAACCCCGCCCAUCCACUGACGUCCCUGCAUUGUCCCCCAUCCUUUGCAUUCAUGUGUACUUAACAGUUAUGAGCGAACUAAUUUUGGGACUUUCACAUUCCGCAGUGAGCACACAUGGCUGUUAUAAAAUACCGCGUAAACUUUUUUCAGAUCUGACCUCCUGGCCUGUAUCUCAUUAGAAUCGAGGUCUUGUUUUUCCUCAUUGUUGAUAGCUUCCUCAUCCCUCGUAUCUGUUAGUCAUUUUCUAUGCCGCUCCACAGUUUCCGAUCUCCACUGGCAUUUUUUUACAACUUUUUGAAUUUUGCUAAUUCCCAGGACCUAGAGUUAUAUUAUGAUAUUAUGGUAAAGCAUUAUUUUAAAUGAACAAAAUUCUUAUAUAUUUUUCUAUCGCUGUCAAUUAAAUUUUGUACAAAAGUGUC